GUUUCACAAACUAAUAUUUUUUACAUUAUUACACUUAAUCGAUUCACCAGAAUCAUGACCCUUAUUCCAUAAAAUAAACUAUUUUCCUAGUAAGGCAAAAUCAGUAUGCAGGACAAGAUAAGCGGGCGGCACGGACGGGGCUGUCUUCGUACCGGCCUUCGGUGGGCUGUUCGCGCCCUACUGGGACCCCAACUCCCGUGGCUCGAUCCUCGGCAUGACCUACAAGACGAACAAGGGUAAUAUCAUGUAUGCCGCCCUCGAGGCCAUCGCCAUGCAGGUCUAUGACAACAUCCACGCAAUGUAUAUAGACAGUGGUAUAAAGGUGAGCGUCCUCAAAGUCAACGGUGGACUGACGAAGAAUCAGCUGCUCAUGGAGCUGCAGUGUGGCGUUCUGAACUCGGAGUUGCAGGUGCCCAAGUUUAAGGAGAUGACCUCUCUCGGCGCGGCACUCUGCGCGGGGCUGGCGGUUGGUACGUGGAAGUCAACGGAUGAGAUUAAGGAAGUUGCCGCGAGGGAGCUUAAAUCGGUUUCGCUCCGGCCCCCGUCUACGGGGAGGGAGAUUUGGCAAGCGAAGCUGGAGGACUGGCACCGAGCGGUCAAGAAGUCGCGGUGGGCUAAAUUGUAAGGCAUCACAAACCUAGUUUUCUUUUUUUAACAAUCUUAGUCUGCAAAACUUUUCGUUUUUUUUUCGACAUUUCGUAGGAGUAUGAAGCAAUGAUUAAAUGGGUAGGCCUGACUUUUCCCAAAGUCUUGUCGUCCUCGAUAAAAUUACUUUAUAUUUUCCUUCAGUGGCUGGAUCUUAGUCGAGAUAUUUAAUUGAAGACCAUAAAAACGGUAUUGCAUUAAGUAUAUAUUUAUUUUUAUGAGAUAUUAGGAAAAAUAAGCAACAGUUUUGUUGAAAUUGUAAUUCGAAAAAAUUUAUAUUAAAAAUUUUAUAUUUUUAUAAAAUGAUUUCUUUGUUAAACUUUAGUGAAAUUAAUAACCGAUUUAUGUAUCUUGAGAAUUAUUAAGUUCACAUAAACGGAAAGGAUAA